CCAAUUGAGCUGCUAAUAUCGAAUGCAGUUAUAUUCGCCCACUGGCGCUUGUCGCGUGUGCAUUAAAUAAUUGGACGAGACUUUAACUAGAAUUUGUAUUUUUACAGUUUUUUUUUAACAUUCCAAUGGACACGCAGCUACUGCUGCUGCUGCUACUGGCCAUGGUGUUAAUGGCUUCCGUUGCUCAGCGCUUCCCGGAAAACUCGUGUGCUCAGUAUUUCCAGUAUGUCCAGAGUGGCAUUGGCAGUUUUCAAGGCGAGCUGACACUCGGCCUGCAAAAUGGCCGCAAUCGAAUUGAUGUGCGAUUCUCGCAGCUCGGCGCGCACGAUCAAUCUGUUGUGGGCGCCCUGCUGCCGUAUCCCGAUGAGGUCACAGUGCGAGCUAGUUUGCGGGCCGCUAAGUUUCGAGUUAGCCUCUGGGCGGAUGCGUCGGCUGUGCUGCCCAAGCUCACGAGAUUGGUAUACAAUAACAACGAACUGUGUCGAGCCAGCGAAUAUAAUCCCCAGAGUUUCUUCAAUCGUUUCUUCGAGCUGCACAUAAACGGACCACAAUCACCUCAUCGUGUGGCGCCCACACCUGUCAUUCAUAAGUUCCCAGAGGGACAGACUGAUGUGCAGAUUAAGACAGUGGUCUUCGAUGGCUCGGAAAGGUCGAUUUCCCAUAUUCUAUCCGAUUUCGUCAAUGAACAGACCGCCACCUCAGCUGCUGAUUGGGCGCCCAAGUCACCGGCAAUAACUAGCAUAAGCUCAUCGGCUGUGCCUCGUCAGAGGUGGCCCACUUCCUCAGUACCAACAAUUUCCAGCAUUGCACCCGCACCUUGGAAGCCAGCAACGCCUGCCUCGCCUUUCAUUCCAAAUGGGAUUCGUGCAAGUCCUCCAUCAAGUGUACCCUGGCCUUCAUUUGUGUGUGGCCAAGAAGGCACGGGCGUACCUUAUAUUCAGCGAGGCAUGGAGUUUCCUCGUGGUAGAUAUCCCUGGCUUACAGCUGUGUAUCACAAAGAGUCCUUUUCACUUGCCUUCAAGUGCGGCGGCUCGCUCGUCUCGACCAGCUUAGUCAUUACGGCUGCCCACUGUGUGUACAAAAUAAGAGAGGAUCGCGUGUUGGUGGCCCUGGGUCGCUAUGACCUGGACAAUUAUAGCGAGGAUGGUGCAGAGAUGAGAGACGCUAGGCGCAUUGUUAUGCAUCCAGAAUAUUCCUCGCGCCUGCAGCUACAGCCCGAUGCGGAUAUUGCGCUGAUCACAUUAGAUAGUCCAGUCAUCUUCAAUGACAUCAUCAGUCCAAUUUGCCUGUGGGAGACGGCUGAGACGGAAACUGAGGCCGAAAUUGGCUCCAUUGCAGGCUGGGGCACGGAUGAGAACGGCAACUCAAUGACACGUUAUCCGCGUGUCGUCGACGCGAAGAUUGCCACUGUGGGGGAAUGCGCCCGCCGUUGGAAGGUGCAGAAGAUUCUUGAUCGCACGCUCUGCGCUGGCAAUCUGGAUGGCUCUGGGCCAUGCCUCGGCGAUUCCGGUGGCGGUUUGAUGAUUAAACGCAACAAUCGCUGGCUGCUCCGUGGAGUUGUCUCCCUAGGCGAGCGAAGUACAGUGGACCACUGCAAUAACAACCAAUAUGUCCUCUACUGCGAUCUUGCCAAGCAUAUGACUUGGAUUAGGCAAUACAUAAGCUAGUCCCUAUCAAACUGUUUUCAAGAAAUCAACACAAUAUGUAAAUUUAUG